AUGGGUGACUACUCGAAAGCACUUGAAUUUUACGAAAAAUCACAUCAAAUUCUCGAAAAAGUUCUGCCUUCAAAUCAUCCCAAUUUGGCUAGUUCCUACAACAACAUCGGUCAAGUGUAUAACGACAUGGGUGACUACUCGAAAGCACUUGAAUUUUACGAAAAAUCACUUAAAAUAAGAGAAAAAGCUCUGCCUCCGAAUCAUCCCGAUUUGGCUACUUCCUACAACAACAUCGGUGCAGAGUAUUACCACAUGGGUGACUACUCGAAAGCACUUGAAUUUUACGAAAAAGCACUUAGAAUAAGAGAAAAAGCUCUGCCUCCGAAUGAUCCCGAUUUUGCUCAAUCCUACAACAACAUUGGUAUGGCGUAUUCCGGCAAAGGAGACUACUCGAAAGCACUCUCAUUCUUAGAAAAGGCACUUUCUAUUCGUCAAAAAUCACUUCCGUCAACACAUCCUCUGAUUAAACAAACAAAAGAUAACAUUGAUCAUGUUAAAAAGAAAAUGUAA